AUUCUACUGCUCGAACAAACUCUGGCUUUAAAUUGUUCACAUCCUCAGGACCCGGUAUUGUAAUGCUAUUUAAAGAAGCUGAGGUAGAACUACUUGUGUUUUCAUUUUCCUUAUCCGUGGGUGUAUGCUUCGAUAUAUGAGUUUUUGCUGGUUUAUUGCGAAUAUUUACUUGCCUUGGUAAAAACAUCUGUCAACCGUAAGAGAGAAAUAUUUAAUAUUUAAAUAAUUUAAAGAACCAAAAAACUCAAAAGUUCUCCAAUGUAACAUAGAUUUUUUGAUAUAUCAAUUUGGAUUGAUGGAAAUUCCUAAGUGGAAGACAAACACCGCAAACCUUGCCCGCGCAAACACCAUCAGAUAUUUGGAAUUGGUGUUUUUUUGAAAUCAUCUAAAGAAAUGUCCAAAAGAAAAGAUAUUGACGAGGAGGUUUCUCCUGAUCCUUCGGAUUUGCUACAGUUUAUCAAUUUAGGGGCUGGUAAUGAAGUUGGAAGAAGCUGUCAUAUCCUUCAAUACAAAGGAAAAACAGUAAUGUUGGAUGCUGGUGUACACCCUGCGUACAAUGGCCUCGCGGCUUUGCCAUUCUACGAUGAAUUCGAUCUCAGUACCGUCGAUGUUUUGCUAGUCAGCCAUUUUCACUUGGAUCAUGUUGCAUCUUUACCCUAUGUAAUGACGAAAACAAACUUUAGAGGCCGUGUGUUCAUGACUCAUCCUACAAAGGCUGUUUGUAAAUGGCUUCUAUCAGAUUACGUUAAAGUCAGUAAUGUCGGCGUAGAGGACCAGUUGUACGAUGAGAAGGACUUGACAGCAGCUUUUGAAAGAAUGGAAGCAGUUGAUUACCACUCUACGAUUGAAGUUGAAGGAGUUAAAUUUACGCCAUAUCAUGCCGGCCAUGUUUUAGGAGCUUGUAUGUUUUUUAUUGAAAUGGCGGGAGUUAAAAUUCUCUAUACAGGAGAUUAUUCUAGAGAGGAAGAUCGACAUUUGCAUAUAGCUGAAGUUCCUCCCACAAAGCCAGAUAUCUUAAUUACGGAAUCUACGUAUGGUACUGCUUCACACCAACCUCGUCUUGAAAAAGAAGCUCGUUUACUAAACAUUGUCCACUCUACUAUUCGCAAUGGUGGUCGUGUAUUAAUGCCCGUCUUCGCACUUGGAAGAGCCCAGGAAUUACUGCUUAUUUUGGAUGAAUAUUGGAACAAUCAUUAUGAUUUACGUCCUGUACCGAUAUAUUAUGCUUCUUCUUUAGCAAGGAAAUGUAUGGCAGUAUUUCAAACUUAUGUAAACAUGAUGAACGAUAAUAUCCGUAAAGCAUUUGCUGAAAGGAAUCCCUUUAUAUUCCGAUAUAUAAAGAAUUUAAGAAAUUUGGAUAGAUUCGACGACAUUGGACCUUCAGUUAUUAUUGCUAGUCCAGGUAUGCUUCAGAAUGGUGUUUCUCGGGCAUUACUAGAGCGCUGGGCUCCUGAUCCUCGAAAUACUUUGUUAUUGACUGGUUAUUCUGUUGAGGGGACCAUGGCAAAACAAAUAACUAAUGAGCCGGUUGAAAUUACAUCCAUGUCGGGUCAAAAAAUUCCAAGAAGGAUGGCUGUUGAAGAGCUUUCGUUUGCUGCACAUGUUGAUUAUAUUCAAAACAGCGAAUUCAUUGACCAAGUGAAAGCUGAUCAUAUUAUUUUGGUACAUGGCGAGCAGACUAAUAUGGGUCGUUUAAAGAGUGCGCUUUUAAGCAAAUUUCAUAAUCAGAAACUUGAUAGCAAAGUUUAUACCCCGAGAAAUUGUGUACCUUUAUUUCUUUACUUCAAAGGAGAGCGUCUCGUCAGGGCUUUAGGGAAAGUUGCUGUUCGAAAGCCAACGGAUGGGGAUAUAAUGAGUGGAAUCUUAGUUCAAAAAGAUUCGGUUUAUAAGCUUAUGUCUGCAGAUGACCUUCGAGAUUUUAGUGACCUCACAACAACAGUCUUAACUCAAAAGCAAGUUAUUCCCUUUUUCUCUAGCUUAGAACUGGCUAAAUAUCAUCUUAAUCAGAUGUUUGGUCAUGUGAAAGAAGAACGAACGAAAUCUGGCACGUUACGUUAUACUGUCAUGGAUGCCAUUCAUUUGAGCAUGCCAACAGAGCAUAAACUAAAUUUGGAAUGGGCUGGAAAUAUUAUGAAUGAUACCAUUGCCGAUUCAGUGAUUACCGUUUUAUUGGGAAUUGAAAGUAGCCCAGCUUCUGUAAAAUUAACUAAUCAUAAGUGCGUUCAUGGGCACACUCAUCCAAGGAAAUCGAAGGCUGAAGACAGAAUUAGUAAACUGAUGAUGUUUUUAGAAAGCCAAUUUGGUGAAAGCAUUACAAAGUCAAAGGACGGAGUUUACAUAAAGAUCGAUCAGUACGAAGCUUCCAUCGACUUCUCCACCAUGAAGGUGGAAUGCAAUAAUGAAAUUCUUCGAACAAGGAUUGUCCAUGUUCUUUCCCGAGCUGUAAACACAAUUCUUCCUUUUUCGGAGUCAAUAAAGGACGACCCUGAUGCUGAGGGAGAACCAAGAAGUGAAGACUACUCAAGUGAAGGAAGUGAAGAAGCUAAAACAACAUCUAGUCUUGAAGAGGAAAAGAAAGAACUCACCUAGUCAUUGUAUACGAUUUUGGAUACCUAAAAAAAAAGAUAUAUAUAUUGAUGCAUUUAUUUGAACGAGCGGGUACAUAUGUAGGAUACUUCAGUUAGGACGUUAUAAUGUCAUUCGAUGGAGUAGUAAGAGCUAAAUUGUAUUUUGCAAAUUUAUGAUAUUUUACUUGCUAUUGCUCUUUCGUAAAAAAAAUCUCUUCUGGG